CAGUAGACACGCGACGAACGCACGUAUUGUUGUAUUAAAAUUUAACCCGGUAAAACUUUAUAAAUCGCGAUUAUUACUUCCAAAUAAUAUAAUUUAAAGUGCGUAAUUGAAACAGUUACAGCAAGAAAAAUAAUUUGUCGUUUGGAAACCUUUGUAUUGAAUACUAAAUAUUAAUUAUCGAGAAAUUUAAUUACGCAAUUCUGAAAGAUGUAAAUUCUCUCAUACGCUAUUAAUACAACGAAGUUAUGACGAUGCCAAAGAAUAAGAAGAUUUUAGAAGACAUACACCCAUUAAAUAUAAUAAAAGAAGUGCAAAAAUGGCCAGUUUUGUACGAGAAAGAUAACCUGGAGAGGACAAACUUUCAUUUUAAGACCAAAGUAUGGAAGGAAGUCGCGAAAACCUUAAUCCCUGAUUGGGAAGAAUUAAGUGAAAUUCAAAAAGAAGUUAAAGUGUCGGAUCUAAGCAAGAAGUGGCGGAACCUUCGCGAUACGUUCCGAAGACAUGUGGAAGCUGAACGGCGGGCGCAGCGCAUCGGUGGAGGAACGGAUUCUCCGCGGCGGCCAUACGUCUACUUCAAACACAUGUCAUUUCUGCUGCCGCAUGUCGCUUCGCCGUCCGAUACAGGAGACAUUACAGACGUCCCCGCGACCGAAACGCAAUACGCGCCGCGGCUAUCAGAACCUACACGCCUCAAGAAACUCAAGCGCAAAUUACAGCCAUGCAAUCUACCGAAGGCAGAGAAGAUAGACGAAGACAGACAUUUUCUUAUGUCGCUGAUUCCGUCUUUUAGAAAGAUGUCAGACAAUGAGAAGCUUACAGCGAAGGUGGAAAUACUUAAGGUCAUUCAACAGGUACGGAGUUCUAGCGCGGGCAUAGAGUUUAGGAGCGCAGAUGUCUUCAUCGAGGAAGGUACAGCAGAGAGCGGUGGAGGGGUCAAAUUAGAGCUGCUACCUGAAGGGCAGGGCGAACCCAGCUACUCAGACUCCGAUGACGACGAAGAUUUGAGUACCUAACUCUGGAUUCUUUGUAAACCCACAACUUUGUAUUGUUACUGAUUACAGAGAGUUGACCAGUUGAUAUGUCUGAGCUGUCAACUCACAGUUAUUAUA